UCUGUUAGACGAUUAUGUCGUCUUGUCUGAGGAAGAAAAGUAGUCGAAUUUACGAUUCUUCAUGUCAAUAUAUAUUUUUCGUCUAUGUUACGUGGUUUGUGUCUAUGAUUUACGUUAUUGUCAAAUUAUUGUUACCAAUAUAUACAUUUUUUUAAAUAUUUAUAUAUUUUGCUUUACAUUUAUAUAUUUUAAACAUUUGGCCUUAAAUUUUUUUGUAAUAAAAUUGACAAAUAAAAAAUUUUAAUUAAUAACAAUUCGUGGAAAAAAUAUGGACGAUUGUACCAAAAAAAGAACAUUGAAAAUAACAACAACCGAGCAGUUCGAGUUUUUAUGUAGGGAAAUUAAAAAGUACCCAGAAAUUGCUUCAAACAAACCCGUGUUUGGAGGUAGCAAGGCCAAGAUUGAGGGUAUAUGGGCUGACAUAACUGCAAAAUUAAAUGGUCUUGGACCUCCCCAAAGAGAAGUUGGGGAAUGGAAAAAGGUUUGGGCGGAACUGAAAUCCAGAACCAAAAAAAAGUUGUCGGAGAACCACAAAUCCUUAACAGGUACUGGAGGCGGUCCUUACCAAGAAGAUACGCUAUCUCCACUGGAGGAAAUGGUAGACGAAGCCAUUAAUAUAAGAUCAGCAGCACUACCACCUGGAAACGCGAUAGGUUUAGAGGAAAAUAUAUGUCCAACCUCUUACACUAAAGCUGAUUGUGGUCAAACUAUUUCGAAGAAGAGGGUCGCUGAUUCUACCACUGAUUUGCUGAGGGAGCAAGUAAACCAGCAAAAGAAAAUUCUAACAUAUUUGGAAGAACUAAAUGCGACACAAAAACGAAUUGCCGAUUCCACAGAAAAAUUUGCGAACAUUGCAGAAAAGUUUUUUAAUUAUGUAUCAUCAGAUGAAUAAACUACAGUUUCUUUUAUUUUAAAAAUAUAUAAACAGUGUUUAUUAAAAACUCAAAGGUAGAUAGAUAGAUAGAUAGAUAGAUAGAUAGAUAGAUAGAUAGAUAGAUAGAUAGAUAGAUAGAUAGA